AUGACAAGUGUAUUUAGAAAACCGCCUGAUUCUGACAGGAAUAUUAAGGCUUCAUUAUACUUUGGGAACUUGGAUCCGCAAGUAACAGAACCACUUUUGUACGAAUUAUUUAUUCAAUUUGCUCCUAUACGAUCGCUUAAUCUUCCAAAAGAUCGAGUGUUGAAAACACAUCAAGGAUAUGGUUUUAUUGAAUUUAGAACAAUUAAAGAUGCUGAGUAUGUGUUGAAUAUUUUAAGAGGUAUACGGUUGUACGGCAAGAUGUUAAAACUCAAAAAAGCAGAAUCAAAUUUCAAAGGAAAUUCACAACAGGUUGGAGCCACUACGGCAAGUAAUGCUAUGGAUAUUGGGGCCAAAAUUUUUAUUAAUAACUUGAACCCAUUAAUAGAUGAACAAUCAUUAGCUGACACAUUUUCGAAAUUUGGAACUCUUAUCAGGGCCCCAUCUAUCAUUCGGGACCCGGAGAGCGGAGAGUCAAAAGGUUACGGCUUUAUAAGUUUUAACGAUUUUUCCAGCAGUGAUAUGGCAAUACAGAAGAUGAAUGGUGCUAUAUUGAUGAAUUCAAAGGUGUCAGUAACAUAUGCAUUUAAAGAUGACCCAACGAGUGGACAACAUAUGAAAAUUAAGCAUGGAGACAAGGUCGAAAGAUUGCUAGCAGAAAAUGCUAAAUCAAAUAACGUCCUGAUAUCGUCUACGAAACAAAAUGAGAGCGGUAAGAUAGCCAAACCCAGGAAGAACCGAAGGACUGGUAACUAA